AUGUUGGCAUCGGGCUUGUUUUACCUUAUAAUUUUACUAUUUCCUGGUUUCUUGUAUGGAGCUCGAAUUUUGGCUUUGUUUCCGGUUCCCUCCCAUUCGCACUAUUAUCAUGCCCUUCCAUAUCUCAAAAACUUGGCCUCUUUGGGUCACGAAAUAACUUCAGUAAGUCCAUUUCCAUCUGAAGAACCAGUGAAAAAUAUAUACGACAUUUAUGUUCCGGAAGUGUUAAAUAGUUUUGACGAACUAUUGAAACAAAUGACAACCCCGAAAAACACGUGGGAGUUCUUCGACGCAACCAAUGAAUUUGUGUAUAAUAUUACUAAAGAUGUAUUUAAUAACGACGGAGUGCGACGAGAGAUACUCAGGCCGGGAAAGGCUCAGUUUGAUCUGAUUAUUGUGGACAUAUGGAAGUACGAUGCUUUUUAUAGCCUUGCCGCCUAUUUUGAGGCUCCAAUUAUCGGAUUAGCUCCCUGUGGAAUCGAUUGGAAAAUAGACGAAAUGGUUGGUAAUCCAUCGCCGAUGUCCUAUCUUCAGUCGCCCUCAUCUUACCUUUACAACCUGGAUACUUUUGGGGGUCGCGUGGCACACGUUGUGGAAGUCGCCAUUUCUUGGUUCAACUGGCACUGGCGUUAUGAGCAAAAGCAUGAGGCACUUUACAAAAAGUAUUUCCCAAAAAUAGCUGAAACAAAGCCACUGUCUGAAAUUAGCCAAGACAUUGCUUUAGUUUUGGUAAAUCAACAUUUCACAUUGGGUCCACCACGUCCGUAUGUUCCGAAUGUAAUCGAAGUUGGUGGUAUGCAUAUUGAUGAACAACCUAAAGCUUUAGCCCAGGAUCUGGAGGACUUUAUCCAAGGUUCUGGUGAGCAUGGUGUAAUUUACUUUUCUCUGGGCACCAAUGUAAGGACGAAAAAUAUGGUAGAUGACCGCAAGAGAAUAUUGAUAGAAGCCUUUGGCAGCCUGCCACAACGCGUCUUGUGGAAAUUCGAGGAUGAAGAGCUGCAGGAUAUACCGUCGAAUGUUCUAGUACGCAAAUGGUUACCGCAACAGGACCUACUGGCCCACCCAAAAGUGAAACUCUUUAUAACCCACGGAGGUAUGCAGAGCACCAUUGAGAGCAUUCACUAUGGUAAGCCCAUGCUGGGAUUGCCCUUCUUCUACGACCAAUUUACCAAUGUGGAUCACAUCAAAAAACAUGGCUUUUGCCUGUCUUUGAACUAUCAUGAUAUGACAAGUGAUGAGUUGAAGGCCACAAUACUCCAGUUGCUGACGGAGAAGAGAUUUGAGGUCACGGCAAGGAUAGCAGGUGCUCGCUAUCGAGAUCAACCAAUGAAGCCUUUGGAGACAGCUGUCUGGUGGACUCACUACGUCCUGCGUCACAAGGGAGCACCUCAUAUGCGGGUGGCCGGGAGAAAAUUGAGCUUCUUCACCCACCACAGUCUGGAUGUCUUGGGCACUGUUCUUCUUGUUAUUUUGCUUGUUAUCAUUGCCAUUCUUCUUAUUAUUGUUUUUAGUGUUUGUAAGAUUUCUAAGAAUAUCUCAACGCGUUUAGUUGUUAAAAAACAACGAAAGCAGAAAGUUCGUUAG